GACUCUUUUUGCAUUUGCCAUCCAAAGAAACCUUUAAAUUCGGUGAUUAGGAUGCAGAAUAAAGAAAACCAAGAGCCCAGAGGCUUCCAGAGACCAUUUGCAACACCAAGCAUGGCAGCAGGCCCGCAGCGUGUUCAAGUCAAAGCACAUACAGAGAAAGACAAAUUCGCUAUCACAGGUCCUGGAAGAGAAUGUGUGAGCUCAUCCUCCAGUUCAGCUCCAAAGAAGUUUACCAUUGAUGACUUUGACAUUGGCAGACCCCUGGGAAAGGGCAAGUUUGGAAAUGUCUACCUUGCUAGGGAAAAGACACUGCAGGCCAUCGUGGCACUGAAGGUGCUGUUCAAAUCUCAGAUGGAGAAGGAGGGUGUAGAACAUCAACUCAGGAGGGAAAUUGAGAUACAGUCUCAUCUCAAGCAUCCCAACAUUCUGCGCUUCUACAACUACUUCCAUGACCGCUCCAGGGUGUUCUUAAUUCUCGAGUAUGCCCCACGUGGUGAAAUGUACAAAGAACUGCAGAGAUGUGGACGAUUUGACGAGCAGCGGACAGCUACAUAUAUGGAGGAGAUAGCUGAUGCUUUGAUGUAUUGCCAUGAGAAGAAAGUUAUUCAUCGUGACAUCAAGCCAGAGAAUCUGCUUCUUGGCUAUCGUGGAGAGCUGAAAAUUGCAGAUUUUGGAUGGUCGGUCCACGCACCAUCACUAAGGCGUCGUACAAUGUGUGGGACGCUGGACUAUCUUCCUCCGGAGAUGAUUGAAGGGCACACACACAGUGAGAAGGUGGACCUGUGGUGCAUCGGUGUCCUCUGCUAUGAGUGCUUGGUUGGCAGUCCACCUUUUGAAACUUCCAGCCACUCGGACACCUACAAAAGAAUUAUGAAGGUGGAUUUGAAGUUUCCUAAAGUCAUUAGAGAUGGUGGUCGGGACUUGAUCUCCAAGCUGCUUCGUCACAACCCCCUCGAUCGCCUCCCACUGCAGAGUGUUAUUGACCAUCCUUGGGUGCGGGCUAACUCCCACAGGGUCUUACCUCCCGUGUGCCCCACCAAGAAGUCUUGAGCCCGCUGUCUGCCCUGAAGGCUUUUUUUUGUUUGUUUUUACAGUCGAGGGGGGGAGAUUGUGUUUCACUGCUACAAAAUUCAGACUGCUGUUAUUCUGCACUUUGUAUGAUGGUUGUCAGUACAUACCCACGUUUUUUUCCUUCUGUUUGGUGUAAUAUCUUUUAUCAAUGUCUGAUAUGCUGUUUGGUGACUUUUUUUUUUCUUCUUACUUUUUUAAUCAAAGUUUUUAUGUACAGCUGUUUAAACACCUCACACUGAGUGACUUCUCAUUUUUUCAGUAACUGUAUUUAAGGGCUGUGUUUAAAAAGCUUUUUAUUUUGCUUGGUCAUACUUUGUCUAAUAAAUCUAAAGUUCUAAUCAAUCUAAAGUCAAGCUCUAGUUAUCAGAUGGUGUGCCUGUUUGUCAAAUGUGAAGUUGA